AUGGAGUAUAAAAAAACAAAAAGACCAAACCAAUACGUCUUUGAAGGAAGCAAACACAACUCAAAGAGACAAAAGAUAAAUGUGAAUGCGCAAUGUAAAGGCAUCUUGAUGUCCGCAUUGAGUAAUAGAAGAACGAAUGCUGGAAUUAAAGAAUUGCUGAAUUUUAUAAAUUUGAAUUUUCCUGCUAAUAAUAAUGAUGUGAUUAAGAAAAUUGAAGCAACUGAUGAAGUAAAUAAAAAGGUAAAUGGUGAAGCAAAUAACGAAGUAAAUGUUGAAGUAAAUGUUGAAGUAAAUGGUGAAGAAAAUGGUGAGGAAAAUAAAAUUAGUACAAUUGAAAAAGAAUUAAAAGAUGAAAUAUGCAAAGCAAAUUCUGAACACAAUAGAUUUGUACCUCUUCGAAAUAUAAUUAAAAAUUUUACAUUUAUAAAAUUUAAUAAUGAUAAUGAUUUAAACCCUUCAGAUAUUAUUAACAAAACAUUUAUGUUAGCUACUAAUAAAAAAGAAAAAUAUUUUUUUAGAAAUAUUUGUAAAAUUAUACCAUUAGAUACUAUAUGUAAACCACAUCUUUCACCAUUUAUAAAAACACUUCUUCCAUUAAUGAGAAAACAUUUUACUGAUGGAAAAUGUAUGGAAGAUACAUUCACAGUCAAUUAUUUGUUAAAGAUAAUGAAUGUCCCCGACGAGAAAACUGACGAAAAAAAUGACGAAAAAAAUGAAGGAAAAAAUGACGAAAAAAAUGGGGAAAAAAGUGAGGAAAAAAAUGAAGGAAAAAAUGACGAAAAAAAUGAAGGAAAAAAUGACGAAAAAAAUGAAGGAAAAAAUGACGAAAAAAAUGAAGGAAAAAGUGGCGAAAAAAGUGAGGAAAAAAGUGAGGAAAAAAGUGGGGAAAAAAAUGAAGACAGUUCUGGAAAUAAAAAGUCGUGGGCUUUAAUAUACAAAUGCUGUAACACGAAAACAUUAACUAAGAGAGAUGUUUUAAAAGUGUUGGACAAUUGCAUAGGAAAUAAUUAUUCUGUCAAUUUAACAAAACCAGACAUGGCAAUAAUAGUCUAUGUUACAGAGAUUAUGUGCGGUAUAAGUAUAGUCAAGGACUAUGCAAGCACAAGAAAAUUUAAUAUCGGAUCUUUUAAUGAUGACUCUUAA